AUGCCGCAUUACGAUCGGGCCACUAGAAUGAAAGAAGCAUACCUGACUCAACGGGGUAAGUUAGUGGAUUACAAACGGUCCUUGCAGUCGAAAUCUGACGGAGGAACACCCUCCAUCGAAAAUCAACUUGUGCCUGUUCGACGCACUCCCCUACCGAAGAUUAAGGUGCCCGAGUUCUCAGGAAAAUACGAGGACUGGCCUGCAUUCAGAGAUCAUUUUGUGUCUUCUAUCGACAAGGAUGAGCAAUUACCUACUAUCGAGAAGCUUCAUUACCUUAGAUCGUGCGUGCAAGGAGCACGCACGAGAGAUCUGUGGGAUGAACACAUAAGUGACUCUUCUGAUCCGCCUUCCUUUGAGAAGCUGAAGGUAUUCCUGCAACGGCGUCUCCAAACUCUCGACGGGCGACUUGCAGCAAAGGAGGCGAAGUUGGACACCACCACCAGCAAGUCGUCUUCAUCUAAGACCGCUAAAAGCCAAGCCGCUCAAAAAAAGGACGCGGUAAAGAAAGGUGUUAAAGCAGAACGAUGCUCCUUUUGCCAUAAGGAGCAUUUCCUGAUGUUCUGUGACGCGUUCAAGGGCAAGUCUGCAACGGAGAGGAAAGAGCAUCAUGCACAACCGCUCGCGUUCGCGUCGCAGAUCGAUUCGGGACCUUACACGACGUUCGCGCACUCAUUGAUCAAGGCUCGGAGGCCUCGUUUGUCUCAGAAGCUCUCGCUCAAAAACUGCGUUUGCCCCGGAAAGCCACUUCAGUUUCAGUUAUUGGUGUCGGUGGGAGCCAGACUGGGACGGCGAAGGAAGCAUCUCAAAAACCUGGAACUAGCUGACCCAAAAUUUCUUGCAUCCGAUCCNGUGGACAUCUUGCUGGGCGCCGACGUUUUUGCAGCAAUUGUAUCGUCCGGAGUAAAGAGGGGCGGUCCUCAGGAACCUGUAGCGCAAAAAACGUCGCUGAGGUGGAUUGUUUCAGGAGGCAUUGCUUUUUCGGACAAAGCCUCGAUUCAUGCGCUUUUACAUCAAUGCAUCGCGAUGGAGACGCUGAAUGAACAGGUUCAAAGAUUCUGGAAGCAAGAAGAACCACUAUCAGCUACACCGGUCCUGACAGAAGACGAGCAGCGAUGCGAGGAUUUCUUUAUCGCUACUUACACUCGCAACGAAGAAGGCCGCUACAUUGUUAGAUUUCCAUUUGCGACAAAAAUAGCCGAUCUUAAGACUACGCGGUACGCGGCUUUGCGCUCUUUAGCUCAAAUGGAGCGCAGAUUCUUGCGUGACCAAAAGCUGCACCAUAUGUACAAGGACUUCAUGCGCCAGUAUCAAGACCUGACGCACAUGUCGCCUGCAAGCCCACCUGCGAAUGAAGACGCAAAAGAAGUUUGUUAUUUGCCGCAUCAUGGAGUGCUACGCGAGUCUAGCGCUACAACUAAGCUACGCGUAGUGUUUAAUGGAUCUCUGACGCUCGCUUUGGGAAAAUCUUUAAAUAAACAUUUAUUAACUGGGGCAAAUCUCUUACCAGCUCUGACAGACGUCCUGNUGUUGUGGCGAACGCACCGAUACGUAAUGGCAUCAGACAUCGAAAAAAUGUAUCGCCAAAUUCUGAUCUAUCCUGCUGAUAGAAAUUGGCAAAGAAUAGUCCGGAGGUCCAACGAAAACAAAAAGGUGCAAGACUUCAAACUAAACGCAGUUAUUUACGGGUUACCUUGCGCUCCGUACUUGGCAAUCCGCACGCUGCGACAGUUGGCAACUGACGAAGCGAGUCGCUAUCCACUGGGAGCCGCAGCCAUUCAGCGAAACGUUUAUGUGGAUGACAUCNUGACCGGCGCCAACACAUUGCAAGAAGCUCAGCAGUUACAGAAGCAGUUAAUUUCGCUAUGCAAUGCAGGCGGUUUUCCUCUGAAAAAGUGGGCCGCUAAUCAUACCAAGCUACUCUCAAACAUUCCUCUAGAAGACAGGAUGCCCGCUGACCCUCGGGAGUGGCAACCAGCAGAGUGUCACACCAUGCUCGGGCUUCGCUGGCAUCCAAACAGUGACAGCUUUUUAUUUUCAGUGCGAGGAGGAGAAUUAGAGCCUAUCACGAAGAGAAACAUCCCUUCCAAGACGGCGCAACUCUUUGACCCACUCGGAUGGCUCGCACCAGUAGUCAUCCGCGCCAAAAUCUUAAUCCAGUCCGCUUGGCUACAGGGGCUGGAUUGGGACACUCCGCUGGCCAAAAAUGACUGUCAGACAUGGCGGAAGCUUCAGGAGGAAUUGCAAGCUCUGGAAAAAAUCCACAUACCACGCUGGUUGACCGGUUGCCAUUGCACGCACUCAUUGGAGAUGCAUGGCUUCGCGGACGCCUCGGAGAGAGCCUACGCAGCCGUAGUCUACUUGCAAGCUGAGGGCGAGAACGGGUUGGUGAAAGUUAGCUUGAUUGCGGCAAAGUCAAAGGUUGCGCCGUUGAAGCAGGUCUCUUUACCGAGACUAGAACUUUGCGCAGCUACAUUUCUCGCUCAAUUGAUGGCCUACCUCAUAAGAAUUUUAGAUUUGCAGAAUACAACAACACACGGAUGGUUGGAUUCCACAGUGGCUUUAAACUGGGUACAAGAACAUCCAUCCAGAUGGAAAACGUACGUGGCAAAUCGGGUAGGAGAAAUCCAGCGCCUGCUGACGGAUGUGCAAUGGCACUACAUCCGCAGCAAGGACAAUCCUGCAGAUUGUGCCUCACGAGGAGUCAACCCUNUGGAACUCGCCAGUCAUAUUCUAUGGUGGCAAGGCCCACCUUGGCUAGCAAUGGAGAGACAAUCAUGGUCUGUCGCCACUGUCUCGCAAAUAAGUGAUCCUUCAGAGCAACGAAAGGCGUUGGUGGGAAUGACGCAGCAGAACAUCUUGGAGUCGGAAGUGCUGCUGCGUUUUUCGUCACUAACACGGUUGCUGCGGGUCACUGCCUGGUGUCGACGCUGGUUACCUAGCCGACGGCGAGAAGAUCAAGGCAAGCACUUUCCAUGCAAGAAAAGGGACGGUGCGAUAUUGACGACUGCAGAAUUGGAAGCAGCGACAGGAAUCUGGGUUUGUAAUGUACAGGCCAGCCAUUUUGAAGCAGAGUUGAAAGCACUAUCACACCGAGAGCGGUUGCCAACGAAAAGUUCGCUUAUGAAUUUGAAUCCUUUCAUCGACGAACAGAGCAAACGCUACACGGGGGAGUUCAGCAAACACUGGGGCUUCUCCGUCGUCACUAUUGGGUGCCAAGAGGAAAAGUCGCUGUGA